UAUUCUUUCUACUAUUAUACAUUUAUUAACGAUAUCGUUAUCUUCUUAGAUAUAGCCGAGGAUUAUAUACGGUAUUUAAAGACUAUUUUCAAUCUAUUUCGCAAGAAGAAUAUUGCUAUCUCGCCUACUAAGUUAUAUAUCGGCUACCUAAAUGUAGAACUACUUGGCUUUCGUGUAGAUAGUCUUAGCCUUAUUAAUACGGAUUAG